CGGACGCAACGGAUUAAGAGCAGAACUUCUUUUAGAAUCACGCGUGUUCUCGCGAUCGAGUUGAGUUGUUAAAACAAAUAUAAAACUUAUAAAAACAUAAUAAACGGCGUAUCGUAUUAUAAUAUAUUGUGAAACACGAUUAAUAAAGAUAAUAUGAAAGUGAGAAAACAUUAACCCUUUUAAAUAAUGUCAACAAUCAGAGUAAUAUCGGUCGUAACUUUAUUAAUACAUCUUCUAAAACCAUGUACUAGUUGUGAUUUAGAGGAUAUUUUAAGUGAUAAAGAGACCAGUAUAGAGGAAGCGUGUUUAUCUUCUGACAUUGUUGUGCGAGUGCUGUCAGUGCCUAGUAGCAUCGGAUUUAGUGAUAAAGAAUCUGCAGUACAUUUUGAUUUGACUGAUAUUUAUAAAGGAACAGAUCUUCUUAAGAAACACCAGGAUAUGGACAUUUACAACAGAAAAAUAAAUAUAACAUACUUAACGAGAUCGCGAGCCGGCUGCCUGGAGGAGAACGAGGUGCCCAGGGAGUUCGUCGUCUUCUCGAAUUUGACGGGCGACCGAAUCAGGGCCGUAUCGGCUCUCCCGUGGGACCAGGAGACCGAUCAGAGGGUAUGGAAAGCCUUGGGUUGGAGUACGUGGUCAGAUUGGUCACCGUGCAGUGUGUCGUGUUCCGGCGGUAUUCAACAAAGAACGCGCCACUGUCGGCGGAACAAAUGUCCUGGAUUUAAUGUGCAACAGAGGCACUGCAAUUUAUUUAGCUGCAACAACACAGUAAGCCUGUUCCAAGAGGGUCAAUUCUUCCAUCCGGGCAAAGAAGGUUGGCAAAUCGCCCCGGACAGGCCGACGGCGUGGCGUCUGUCUGGAAGUUCCUAUUUCUGGAUCCCAAUUUCCGUGCUGUUCUUCGGAGAAAAAACUGGGUAUUUUCCAAGAGAAUUUUCCGUGGCGAUGACCAUUCGAUUGCUAAAUACGACUCUCGGCACAAUCGUGAGCCUGAGGUCUCGCCGCAGACAGGAUUCUUAUUUAUCCUUUGAAGUGGCGGGAACCGAUUUAAAACUCAUCCACGCCACAGGAAACGGGACCGACGUUGUCAGAAUACCGGCGGGAUUGAGUGACGGAAUGUGGCAUCAAAUUGCCGUUAGCCUCAGAGAUCAAAGUAUAGUGGACAUCUACGUGGACUGUGAGUGGUCCCGAACAGAUAUUUUGCACAAUCAUGCAUUGGAUAUUCCAGACGAUUGCGAUUUAAUAGUAGGAUAUUUACUAGAGGCAGAUCUGGAGCAGCUCUCCAUAGUGGGGGAUCCCCGCUCGUCCAGACUGCACUGUUCAGACGUGAGGACGCCCAUUGUCGACGAUGACAUUCAAUAUGGCCGCGAGGGGGGAUUCAAAUCGUCGCCCUCGGGGGACAAAGCCCGACAAGGAUAAGUCGAGGGGGAUAUUCUUUCUCUAGUAUGGUCGUUUCUGAUUGCUUUUGGCUUUUAAAUUUGUCUGUCAACACUGGAUGUCAUGAUUUUAGGAUUGACUGUACAGGGUGGGUCAAAUUAGAGGCUUUUAAAUGGAAACACCCUUUUCUAUAGGAGAUAAAAGAAAACUAAUAUCGGU